AUGAGCACCAAGUCACCCCGUGUACUACUUGAACUGGCAAUUGAGAGCUUGGUGAGGGAUGAGGAGCUGGCCAUAGAGGCCACGAAAGCUUUGCCAGGCGAGGUCUUCCCACCAGUGUUCAUGGAGGCCUUCCUCAGAGGACGUGCUGAGGUCAUGAAGGCCAUGGUGCUGUCUGGGCCAUUUCCGUCCCUGCCACUGGGAGCGCUCAGGAGUCUGAGGGAACAAGAGUCUUUGCACCCUAACUGGCUGGAUGAGCUCGAUGCGCUGCUGAGCCAGAAGGUUUGCUCCAGGAGGUUGAAACUGCAAGUGCUGGGUAUGCGUGACACGCCCCAGAACUUCUGGAGAGUCUGGGCUAGAAAUGAGCUGGAAGCCUGCUCCUCAGGAGCCAUGAAGAGGACAAAAAUAGAGAAAACUGGGACAAGGGAACCAGAUGAAAAGGCCCUCAGUGUCCUUUCAGAUCUGCGGAUCAGUCAUGAAUGUCCGUGUCCAGUGGCAUCCUACCUCUUCAAGUGGAUCCAGGAGGAAAGAUCUGGUGCAGCUGGAACCCCUGAGCCUCUCCGAGUUCUGCUGGAUAAUAUUUCCACCACGCUGAUCGUCCUGUGUUUGGAAAACAGCGGGAUCACUGGUGCACAGGUCGGCGCCUUUCUGCCUUCCCUGCGCUGCCGCUCCCAGCUCACGACCUUCUGCUUCAUAAGCAAUUUCAUGGCCAUAGAACCUGCUGAGCCACACUGCCAGGCUGAGCAACUUCACCCCGGAGCUGUCCUCUCCUCCUCAGGAGGAACAGAGCCUCAGUUCAGUGCUGCUGAGGCAGUCGGAGGUUUCCUAGCAGGCAGCAAGCAUGGAGAAUCGCCGACAUGA